AUGUCUUCACGCGACGACGCCUCCUCGGCUUCGACAUAUGAGUCGCAGAAUGCGACCGGAUUGCCGCCGACCUAUGCCUCCUUCUCGCCCGUUACGCUCUCCGCCAACACACCGUCGCGAUCCGCUCGUCGUUCCAAUAUCCUAGUCCACCAGAAGAGUCCGCUGCUGUUGGCGACUCCUCCGCAAGUUACUCGCGCUCUCGCUUACAGCCACCCAUUUCUGCUACCACUCAAUAAGUUUGUCGGGUUGUUGACAUGGAGCACCGGAGACCCAUGGCAAAGCUUCUUGCUUCUGUGCGCCUUUUGGUUGGUGGUGCUGUACGGUGAUGUAGUGGUGCGGAGAGCUGGCCCUGUAGUCAUCGGGAUGGGCAUUAUUGCCGGCAUGUAUGGACGACGAUAUAGCCCACUGAGCACCAGUGGUUGGAUUGAGCCCCCGAGACCAACCAAGGACGCAUCCAAUGCCAGCAAAGCCUCAGCUUCUGGCUCUCACAGCGAAGGAGCUGGGUCCAAGAAACCAAAGCACCAGAGAGCCGCUUCCGAGAUUACGAGCACGAAACACCAAAAGACGCUUGACGAGAUUGUCGAUACUCUAAAGGAGUUUACCGGCCGUUGCAAUGUGUUGAUGGAACCGCUACUCGAGAUGACAGACUUUCUCAGUACGCAAAGAACGCCAACCAGCGCAACUACGAAACCUGCUUUGACGGCUAUGUUUGUGAGGCUUCUCAUUGUGACUCCCUUCUGGCUCGCUCUGACCAUGCCGCCCUUCCACGUCAUUACUACCCGUCGUGUUGUCUUGGUCUUUGGUACGAUUAUCCUGAGUUGGCAUGCCAGACCCAUGCGAGUCACCAGAACUCUUCUUUGGAGAAGCUCGCUUAUCCGUAGAUCCGCAGCUGCGAUUACUGGACUCCGUUUUGAUGGGCCUCUCAAGACGGGGCAUAAGCUUGCCGCCGAAGCUGCCAAGGGGCACGUUGCCGCCGCUGGCACAGGCAGCCACAGGAGCGGUCGCAGCAAAAGCUCUGGCGUCAAAUUCACAUUCAUCAUUUACGAAAACCAGCGUCGUUGGGUGGGCUUGGGCUGGACGGCGAGUCUCUUUGCCUAUGAGCGCCCUGCGUGGACGGACGAGCAUAACAACCCUGUACCGUCUAGGGAUGAGUUUGAGUUGCCGGAUGUGGAGGAUGGGAGCACAAUGCGUUGGCAGUGGGUUGAAGGCAGCCGGUGGAGAGUAGAUGGAGUCCCAGACGAAAAAGGAUCCGUCGACUAUGAUGGCGAAGAGGGCAAAAACGGUUGGAUAUACUACGAUAACAAGUGGCAAUACGGCCGAAGAGGUCAGGAUGGUUGGGCAAAGUGGACUCGCCGACGAAAAUGGUACCGAGACGCAGAGCUCGUGGAAGUCGACGAAUCAGACGUGCCUUUGCCCGGCGAGAAUGGUACACCAAAAUCACCAAAGCAUAGCCACAAGAAGAGUUAUUCUACCUCGGGGGAGAAGAUGGUACCAGUACGUGCCGACUCACACCUCACAACCAGUGACCAGCCCGCCACGGAUGAUGACGGCGCAUCCAUUCUUUCCACGUCUUCCAAGUCUUCGUUUUGGCCGUCAUCAUUAAGACGGCGUCAAGCAGAGAAACCCCCGCGCACAUCAACAGAUAAAGACCGACCGAGGAGAUUAAGCGUUACUGAGGCGGCGCCCGAUGACGACGCUAGCGGACUAGACUUGGAGACGGAACUGGAACUUCAGAAGCAAGGGAAAGAUGGUGGCAGAUGGGGUAUUGGUGAUGAAGCGCAUAUGAAUCUCGAGUGA